AUGGCCAGGGGCGUGCUCUGCCCCGAGCCCCGCGCACAGAGCGGAACGAGCAGCGGGAAGGCCCGCGGAUAUCCAGGAUAUCCAGGGAGACAGGCGGGGAGCCCGCAGUGCUCCCUCCCGGCGGGCAGGGGGCGCCGCAGCGGGCGCAGAGGGCGGAAAGGCGGCGCGGAGCGGGCGGGAAGCGGCGGCGGGAUGCGGGGGCGGCAGCAGCAUCGGGAGCACCGGGAGCACCGGGAGCGGGGCCGGGCGCUGUCCGCCGCCGCUGGGGCGCUGUGCCGGGCUCUGCCGCCCCGCGGCCGGCCCGCCCCCGACACCCUGCGCCGCGCCAGGUUCGACCGGCCGCAGGCGAGCCUGGAUUUCUGGAGGCUGCUCUAUGCGCUUCUGAAACAAAUCCACGGAGGCAGAUGGACAGAGUCUGAUGCCAUAGAUAACCAGAUCAGGUUUGUAAAGUCAGCGUUGUGGUACCAUGGCUAUGACAGGCCGGAGCUCUAUCAGCUCCCUGCUGAUGGCUCAGUGGGGAGUCGGGAGCUCCUACUGGCGUUUUCCUGGAUGCUGCACAGACUUGGCCUCUUGGAGCAGCUUUUGGCUCGGAACAGAGUGAAGACUGGGGAUGAAACCUCUGUGUGCACGUGUGAAGAUGAUUUCCCUGACAUCCAGAAGAGUACAACUGAAACAACACCUGAAUGUGGGCUGGAAGACAGAGUGGAUGUUCGAUACCUUCAGUGGUUAAAUGGGAGGCUGAGGUUCCAAUGGCGGAGUUUGCAUGCUCAGCACCAAGAGCAGUGCAAACUUCUGCACAAGAUCCAUUUGUUCACCAGUGGCUCCCAUGUGGACCAGGUCCUUGGACAUUUUUCUGUCACAGAAACAGAUCUUGUCAGACAACCAGAGAAGUACGAGCAGCUAUUACAGCUUCUGGAGUCUGAAACCAUGCAGCUAGAAGCCUUUCUGGAGUGGAAGCAACUGGAACCAGUUUAUUGGCAGUGGAUGGAAACUGUGUUGGAUAAUAUGGCUGAAGAGGGAAAAAUGUGCAAGUCCCAGGACACUCAUGCAGAGAAAAGAAGGCUGCCAAAGCUGACCUCCUGCUGCCCCUGGGCUGACAACCUGGCUGGGCAAAUUGACAGAUUAUCCAGAGACCUAAUGACUCUCCAGGACCAACUGCAUAAGCUUGUAGCCCACCGAAAGGCUGCGUGGUGUGAGAAGGUGAAAGCAAGAGAGGAAGAACUGCAGAAGGAGGAGUUCUCUGCCACUGCUAAAAAGAUACAGGAAAGCGUUGAACUAAAACUGCUAGAUCUUUCACGGCUUUGUGCUCCAGAAAAAAAUAAAAUGCAUGGUUUGCGCAGGCUGGUGUUGAGGAGCAAACAUCCUGCCAGCAAAACGGGCUUUGGCCAAUGUGUAUCCAAGCAGCCUGUGUCAGCUGUGGGUGCUACAGAGGUGAUCAGAGAACUGCGGAUGAGAGAGGCCAGCCUGCAGAGAGAGCUGGAGCAGCUGCGGGAGGAGUGCCGGCACAGGCUGGAUGCAAUUGCAGAAGGGUUGGAUGGAGUGAUUUGUAUCUCCCCUUGAGGAGAUUAAAGCUGGUCUGAGAAGAGCAAGGGAAUAGGCUGAGUGGAUCAGAACACGUUGUGCAGCCUGGCGUGGGGGAGCGUGAGGUGAGGAACCAAAUGUAAUUUCUAAUUUUUUAGCUCUGGAAUCGUAACUUGUUACUACUUUGUGACUUGCACUGAGGCCAUAACCUUUGUGGUUCUCUCUGCAGCCCCUUUAUUGCUAAACUUGCCAAUUAAAUUCUGCAUUAGGCCUUUGUGGGAGGGUGCAUAAAUCUCCCUUUUAUCUUUGGGAUUCUUCUGCCAAGCCCUGUGCUCUUUUACAGCGCUCAGCUGCUAGGCACAGCAUACAUUGGGGUUGUGCACUGAAGUACUAAUUGCGUUCAAUAUUUUUCAGCAAAUGGAAGAGUUCAUUAGUCAGAAAAAUCCAAGUAUUGGAGAACAUGUAAAAUACCAAGGCUUAGAGGGAUUGGAAAUAUUCGAGAAAGUAUGCUGUUUCAGUUCAGCUGGUUUGAGUACUUGUGGCAGCUAUAAUGCAGUCAUGAUAAAGAAAAACAAACGCCUAAUAAUAAAUAAAGCAGUGCACCAAUUUCAUUUACUGGUGUGAUGCACUUGAGAUAAUUGGGUUCUCAAAGAGAACAAACUAGAAAACCAUUCCAUCAAGUUAUGAGUCACUAUGAGAUACAUAAGUUAUGGAUCUGCUAUAGGAAAUUUCUGUGGUAUAGAAAUAGGACUUUAACUUCCAAGCUUGGGGAGUCUCCAAGUUCUGUCUCUGGAGGCUUCUUCCCUUGGAAUACACAAAUGUUUUUCCCUUGACCUUCAUUUCCUACCAUUUUCUAUUUUGCUUUCACCAAGGAAUAUUGUUAUAUUCUGGUUGUACACUUUCAGGAAUAAAUAUAUUUUA